AUGGAGGAAGACAGAAUUACAGAAAAUGAAAUAAGAAAUGUGUGGAAACACAAUUUAGAAGAAGAAAUUGAGCUUUUAUCACAAAAAAUAAAGGAAUAUCCAUAUAUUGCCAUGGAUACAGAAUUUCCUGGUGUAAUUGCCAAGCCAAUAGGAACAUUUACAGCCCAGACAACAUACACGUAUAACCAAUUACGGUGUAAUGUAAGUAUUCUUAGUCUUAUACAGCUGGGAAUAUCUCUUUCUAAUGAAAAGGGCGAAAAACCAAUUCCAAGCACAUGGCAGUUUAACUUUCAUUUUGAUAAGAAAGGAAGCAUGUCUGCGAGAGAGUCUAUGUAUGUGCUUGAGCAAGCAGGAAUUGAUUUUGAUAGACUUUACAAAGACGGAAUAAAUAUUGAAGUAUUUGCAGAGUUAAUAACUGUCUCUGGCAUAUUAAUGAACAAGUCAUUAAAAUGGAUUUCUUUCCACUCAUCUUACGACUUUGGCUAUUUCAUCAAAGCAGUCAUGGGGCAAGACUUGCCACCGUCAAUAGAAGAAUUCUCUUAUGUUCUCUCAAAAGUAUUCCCAUAUUUUUACGACAUAAAAUACUUAAUAAACACACUGGGAAUGAAAGGAGGGCUACAAGACUUAGCAGACCAUUUAUCUGUCUGCAGAGAAGGCACACAGCACCAAGCUGGGAGCGAUGCCUUACUUACGCUUAAAGUAUUCCACAUGCUUAAAACAGAGAUUAUCCCCGAUGCAGAACAGAAUACAAAAUAUAAAUGUAAGCUAUUUGGUAUUGACUCCGUAUAAAAAUAUGUAAUACCAUAAAUAAAC